AUGGCGAGUCCCGCGGCCCCGGAGCCCGCGGAGGAGGGAUGCCCGGCUCGGGCUGCCGGGGAGCAGGAGCCGCCGCCCCGGGCCCCCCGCGGGGAGCGGGGGCAGGAGGCGCCGGAGGCAGGGGCGGCGGCGGCGGCCCCGGGGCGGCAGGUGCCGGAGGCGGCGGGCGAGGUGGCGGCCGCGGUGAGCUGGCUGCUGGGCGAGCCCGGGCUGUGGCUGGGCUGCUGCGCCCGGGAGCUCCUGAGCUGGCAGAGGCCGCUGCGCACCCUCCUGGGCUUCGCCGGGGCCAACCUGCUCUUCUGGUUCCUUGCAUUGACUCCAUGGAGAGUGUAUCACCUGAUUGCCGUCUCGAUACUUGGGCGAGUUAUUAUGCAAAUAAUAAAGGAUAUGGUUUUGUCUAGAAAGAGAGGUGCACAGCUGUGGAGAAGCCUCAGUGAAAGCUGGGAAGUUAUCAAUUCCAAACCAGAUGAAAGACCCAGGCUCAGCCACUGUAUUGCAGAAUCCUGGAUGAAUUUCAGCAUAUUUCUUCAAGAAAUGUCUCUUUUCAAACAGCAGAGCCCUGGCAAGUUUUGUCUCCUGGUCUGCAGUGUGUGCACAUUUUUUAUGAUCUUGGGAAGUUACAUUCCUGGGGUUAUACUCAGCUACCUACUCUUACUGUGUGCAUUUUUGUGUCCACUGUUUAAGUGUAAUGAUAUGGGACAAAAACUAUACAGCAAAAUCAAGUCAGUUCUGCUGAAACUAGAUUUUGGAAUUGGAGAAUAUAUUAACCAGAAAAAACGUGAGAGAUCUGAAGCAGACAAAGAAAAAAGUCACAAAGAUGACAGUGAAUUAGACUUUUCAGCUCUUUGUCCUAAGAUUAGCCUCACGGUGGCUGCCAAAGAGUUGUCUGUGUCCGACACAGACGUCUCCGAGGUCUCCUGGACUGACAAUGGGACCUUCAACCUUUCAGAAGGAUACACUCCACAGACAGACACUUCUGACGAUCUUGACCGACCUGGUGAGGAAGUUUUCUCUCGAGGCCUUUCAGAUUUUCCAUCUCUAGAAAAUGGCAUGGGAACAAACGAUGAAGAUGAAUUAAGCCUCGGCUUGCCCGCGCAGCUCAAGGGAAAAAAGGAGCAGCUGGACAGCGGUCUCAGACCCAGCAAAGAGAGGCCGUCAUCCGCUGGUCUCACCCUUCCUCUGAGCAGUGACCAAACCUUUCACCUGAUGAGCAACCUGGCUGGGGACGUCAUCACAGCUGCAGUGACUGCUGCCAUCAAAGACCAGUUAGAGGGUGCGCAGCAAGCCCUUUCUCAGGCUGCGCCCAGCCCGGGAGAGGACACAGACACUGAAGAAGGCGAUGACUUUGAACUCCUUGACCAGUCAGAGCUCGAUCAAAUUGAGAGUGAAUUGGGACUUUCACAAGACCAGGAAGCAGAGGCACAGCAAACUAAGAAGUCUUCGGGCUUCCUUUCAAAUCUACUUGGAGGCCAUUAG